AUGUAUGAUUCCAGCGGUCAGGAGGAAUCGCCAAGUGGGAAUACUCUCCCAGAAUACGAUCCCAGAUGUUAUCUUUGUCCCAGGAACAAGAGAUCUGGCGGAGCUCAGAAUCCUGAUUACCAGGGUACUUUUAUCUUCGUGAACGACUUCUCUGCUGUCAAAGAAGACCAAGAUGAUUAUGAAAGCGCCGAGUCUGAAGAAAAAUCCUCCUUGUUGCUGAAGGCAGAGGGUGUAAAGGGCAAAUGUUAUGUCAUCUGCUUCUCCCCAGCACAUAACAAAACGUUGGCCGACAUGUCAGUCAAGGAAAUAUCAGUAGUGAUCAAUACCUGGCAAAAUCUUUACCGCGAUGUCCAACAGAACACCCCAUUCCGCUACAUCCAAAUCUUCGAAAAUAAAGGAGAAUCCAUGGGCUGUAGCAAUCCCCACGCCCAUUGCCAAGCCUGGACUACAAGUCAUCUCCCCGAGGAACCGGCCGCAGAACUCCAUAACCUGAUCGAGUACAGACGAAAGCACAAUUCAUGCCUACUUUGUGACUACCUCGCUGUUGAACUGGAGAAAAAGGAGCGAAUAGUCGCCGAGAAUGACGGCUGGUUGGCUGUUUGCCCAUGGUGGGCGUUUUGGCCGUUUGAGACGCUGGUGAUCAGUAAGAGAUGUAUCAAGAAUAUCUUGGAAUUGGAAGGCGAGAGGGAUGUUGAACUCUUUGCAGAGAUAAUUAGCGUCAUUACGACGAAGUAUGAUAAUUUGUUUGAGACGAAGUUUCCGUAUAGUAUGGGAAUUCACCAGGCGCCAUUGAGAGGGACGGACGAAGAGCAUGCAGCGAAUCACGUACACUUCCAUUUCUUACCGCCGUUGCUACGAAGCGCUACGGUCAAGAAGUUUCAAGUCGGAUACGAGUUAUUGGCUGAGCCUCAGAGGGACAUCACCCCCGAGCAGGCUGCAAGACGUCUACAGGCCUUGAGCACGGAUUUGUAUAGAAAUAAGCUAGAAGGGAGCUCUUAA